AUGCGACCGUGGGUUCGGUUUGCUCGAGCGAGGUGCAUCAUCGUUGCCUUUGCCCUCAUUACAACCAUUGCCCCCGGAUUCCACGUCAGCGCGCUACUGCCAGCCGACCCGCCAGUGCUCAUGAAUGAAUGGUCCACUGACUUUGGUCAAGGACCCGAGUUCAGGGGUGAAAAGAGCGCACCCAGGACGUAUGGCCCUGAUGGACCUUGGCAGGCGAUUCUUGGAGAUGCAGGCGAGCAGAGUCCGCCGUAUCGCGGCGAAACCAUGCCUUUCUGGCCCAGUCCACAUCUCAAGACCCAGGUUUGGUCUGCCAACACAACCGGUCACUAUGUGCCUUCGCUGCCUUCCAAGUAUCGUCUUCGUAAUGGGGCUGAAGAGCUCUUGAAGGGCAUUUUCCUUGACAUGUUCUAUCCCGGAUUGAAAGACGGGGGGAACCUACUGGUGCAGCAUCCAAACCUUUCACUAGCAGUUGACCACCCUUAUACCGAUAUGGGAAGAUUUUACAACUAUUCCACCUCGGUGGGCAUCCUCGGUAUAGGCCCCGAACCUUAUGCCGGAUACUCUGGUCCCCGCUUUCGACCAUCACUCAUCUCUCAGUUCCAGAUGCGAAGCAAAAUCGCCUCAAAAUCUUUUGCGAUGCACAUGGGGAGUGUCCUGCUUGAUAUAUCUGGGUCCAUGACCUAUGGUGGCUACGACCGGUCGCUUGUGGUCGGCGAGUCUGGGGAGUUCAACCACCGAGACGUAGGCUUCACCCCCGUCUUUUUACUGGACGUCUCAAUGGGAUUUGAGGUCGGGACCUCCCCGUACAAGAGCCUAUCGGAGCCCGAGUCCGUAUAUCGAGGUCUGGACCGGAACAACGCCGGCGGCGAAGGGCCAUGGUCAGCGGCCGGGUUCACAAAGUUGAUGGGAGGAAGGGAUGGCAGUGCCGUGAUGGUCAUUUCACCAGAAAUGCCAUACUUGUACAUGCCGCUAGGUACUUGUGAAGCCGCGGCCGAACACCUACCUGUCUUCUUUGACGAGCAUCUCAAGCUUUACCUUUGGAAAACCGAGGAUCCGUACUAUGAGAGGAUCGUAAACUCGUCCGCAUGGAUGCGCUUUUCGCUCGAGAGUCGAACUGGCAAGAUUAUCCAUAUAAAAGUUCCAUUCAGACUGCUGAAUCUGCAACUAGAGCCCCCGCUUGUUGAAAGCACAACGCCCUACUUUCCAUGCAGACCAAUCCCUUCUGUCGAUGCAUUCUACUUUGGUCGAGCAUUUUUGCAAGCUGCAUACAUCAUCGUCAACUAUGACAACAACGUCACGAUAAUAUCGCAGGCGCCCGGUCCUAAUUCUGGCAGUAGGCAGCUGGUCAGCCUCAAACCAGACCAGACCGAUAUCGAGAAAAAUAAUUACUUUGACUUUGCUGACAGCUGGAAGGCCCACUGGAAUGAGGUGUCUGGUGUGUCGACCUCGACGGAUUGGAGCAAGCUAUACAUAGGCACAUCGGCUGUUGCUGCCCUUUUGUGUCUAGGAGCAGUGGGCUUUUACGUAUGGCGGUGGAAACGGCUACAUCGGGGAGUUAAGACAGGGCUUUUCCGAUUCAAGCUGGACCCCAUGGAGUCUGACAGCCUUCUCGGAUCCGCAGAGAAUAGAGCGGAAUUGGAAGAUUCGGAUUCCAGGACUUUUGAGCUCGAAAGCCCAACUACUUACGUACCUUCCACGCUGCAAAGCACUUUGGAGAGUCGGGAUGAUAUCGCUCAUUCAGGACCGUCUUCAGCGGGUCGAGAUGACGAUGUUGAAUCAUCUGCGGACAAUGGUGAAGGAUCGAGUGUAGCAAGGCCUGUGGAGAUAGACUCAUACUAUAUAUACGACGAGCCAAAGUCUUUGCUCGUGAUCAAGGACCAGGUCAAGAGGUAA